GGCGCCGAAGCACAUUGAGGUAGCCAAAACCACCUCUGACAUACUCAAAACUGCGCGCAAAACUAAUGCCAUUCAGAGCACGCUGUAAUCCAGCGAAUUUGUUGCAGAGACGGCAUGCUGUUUUAGCCCUGCGAAAGGCUCGCACACCUCUUCUGUCAUCGGUGCAGCUUAUUCAAGAGCCUAUACGCAACGAUGUCAUGUAUCAGACUCGGCUCAGCUCUACUACUUCCCUUCUCUCGCCUUUCACCUCCUUCUUUUCUCGGGUGCGAAAAAGUCAGACGCCGGAAACUGCGGCCGAAGACUUUGCAAAUGCUCUUCAAACGCGGUCGUUCGAAGCAAUGAGCAAGGCGUAUUACAUGGUUGUCAAUGAUCCUAUCCCUUCCAACCUUCUGUCGGAAGAGCAGCUACUGGGUGCCAUGAAAGCAUUGGCGGAAAGCACGACCAAGACCCCCAAGGCCCUUCGAUUACUGCGAAGAAUCUAUGAAGAUUUCCCCACUAGAUUUGGAUAUCCAGUGAGGCGAGAUCAUAAACAUGUGGUAUUUCAAGGACUGGUGAAUUGUGGGAUGGUCAGAGAAGCUUUAGAGAUAGCCCUGUCCAUGGAUAAGAAGGAUGUGAAUUGGAGAUUGAUGUUGCGCGCUGCAGUUGAUGCCGAUAUCGCUCUUAGCGACAUCGUUAUUCAACGAUUCCGAGAAACGACUCCACUCAAUCAAGAAGACUACAUUCUGCUUCUUCGGAUCAUUCGUUCUCAUCCAAGUCAAAACAAAAAGCGUCUUGAGCCUCUUCUAGCUGAGAUGGAGCAAAAGGGUGUUACCCUUAAUCAAAAUAUCCAGGCCGAAGUCAUGCAAGUGCACAUUGCUUAUGGCGAGCUUGAGAAAGCUAAGCAGAUCAUGGAAAAAUGGGACUUCUUCACUUUAGAAGGCGUUGGACCUCGUAUGUGGGAUGCUCAAGUCCAAUAUUACAUCGCUGUCCACGAUCUCUCCAAACUUCAGACCACCGUCCUCAGCAUGCGUGAUGCAGGCCUUACUGUCCAACAGAACGCCAUUCUCGCCUUGGCUCUUGAGCAACUCGACCAAUUCAUCGACUCAAAGUCCAAAGUCUUAUACUCGGACGUUAUUGCAGCGAUCCAUGCAGCCGAACAAAUGGCUGGGACGGAACCGGGUUCAAAAGUAUGGGCAGAGGUGAUCAGACAUUACCUUCAGAAUGUCAAGCACCGAGAAGCAUUGGAAGUGGCCAUGCAUCUGUACGAAGAAUGUCAAGGCAGAGGUGUGACUCUCGACGUUGAGCUCACACGAACCCUUAUCAUUCCUCUGUGCUCAUCGCGUAAACAAACCCGACUUGACGAUGCCCUUCGAAUCUACGAUCAGUACAUGUCUCUUGCCUCAAGUGCCGAACUUGAGAGUGAAAAUACGCGUCUGCGUUUUGCAGAAGUGUACGAAAAACUCCUUGUUGCUUGUGCUCGCACCCAGCCCCCGCCUAUGGCUUCAGUCAUCCGGUUGCUUGACGACAUGCGCACACUUUCACUGGAUUUCACCCCUACCAACUUAAUUUCUCUCCUCAUUCUUCUCAUGCGUGCUUCGCCUGAUCACAUAUCUGCUUAUAACGUUUAUUCACAUUUCCAUGCGCUCAACCCCAACGCAAUCGAUCGCGCCGGCUUUUCAGCCAUUCUUACCACAUUCCUGAACCUAAGCUGGAAGCAUUCGCCCCUUACUCCUCCGGACUUGUUUAUCAGUAUGAUGAAAGACAUGGAUCGAGCUGGUUACUCUCCUUCUCCUUAUAUUUUAUCGUCCUUGCUCAAACAGUAUGGUCAACUUGCCACCCGUGCUCGAAGAGGAAACACUGUCGAGUCAGAAGAAAGCAUUAAUGGUAUUACUAAGGCCAUUCGCGAUGUUCACACACUAGUCAAACUCGAUCCUCUCAUAUCUCCCGAUAUACCUCUUCUGACGGCUCUUAUGGACGCCUAUGGCCGCGUAGGCGCCUUUUUCGAGGCGUUCGAAGUAUGGGAUGAGCUCGUCCAACGUCGAGCACGUGAGCCUCGCGAAACGGUGCAAGAAGUCUACGGCGCUGCGAUCAAUGUGAUGCUGGACACCUGCGGCUGGAGUUAUUCGCUUGGCAAGGCGCGCAAAUCGUGGGGAUGGGCAAGACGAUGGGGUCUGGUUUGGGAGAAGAAACAAUGGGAUGGGUGGAUAGAGUGUCUAUGCAGAUGUGGGGAAGUGGAAGAAGCUGGUCAUGUCGUGUUGGAAGAAAUGGGGAGCGGUGCCAUACCACCGCCUGAUAAAGAGACUGUGAGGCUUUUGUACAAAUUCGGUAGAAAGCAAAGGGAGAGGGGGAGGAAUGUGGCAGGAAUUGAUCGACUAAUGGUGAGGGUGAGAGAGCGCUGGCCACAAUGGGUAGAAGAAUUGAGCAAUGAAAGAGGCUCGACCAGGAUGAACAAAAGUACGGAGUAGCAACACCAAUCACUUGAUGUACAGUACAAUAAUCACAUACCAUGCAUACAACAGGAAUGAUUUAUU